ACGCCUUUUCACUGUACACGACAGACAACGACAGACAAACCGGAAAUCGUUCAUUCCCUAUGGAGAGUCGCUAAGGGGCUUCGUGAGGUGCUACCAUCUGUGGUUGCGUAAUUUUCGGAUCCGUUUUGAGCGUUGGAUUCUUUAAAAAAUUUAAAUUUGUGCAACUACACUGCAAUGCGAUAUGCUGACUGGAAGUGAUGUAUUUCAGUGUUUUCCAAUCUAAACGCUCUGCAAGUUUUCCGGUCAUGUCAGGGAGUUUCCAGCCUGUGGCCGAGUGGUUAAGCGUCCUCCGGCUCGACCAGUACAGCUUGGCGUUCAGGGAGGCUGGGCUGGGUACGCUGCGGGAAUGCCGGGAUUUAACAUCUGCAGAACUGCAGCAGAUGGGGGUGUCUCUUCCCGGACACAGAAAGCGGAUUCUCGGCAGCAUACGCAAGGUCUUUCCCUCUGAGGCAGGAUCUGAGGAAGAUGAAGAGAAAGAGGAAGACAGGCCCGUUCCCAGAGAGAGGACAAAAUUCAGAGCGUCUGCAGAAAAUAAAGAAAAUAAAGACAACAGCGUACAUUUAAAUAAUCCACCACCUGUACCCCCCCGAGUCACGCCCAAUAGACCUCCGGUGCCCUUCACAUCCACUUCCUUGGAGACAUCCUCUGACUGCAACACUGUGAGGAACCUGCAACACCCAACUGUUCCCGAGCGGAGGGUAAUGCCCACACCCGCCGAGCGAUCCAAACCCACCCCUGCUCCGAGGGUUUGCCCAGAACACCUGCCUCUGAAAGGCCCCCCGCAGCCGGUCCAGAGGAAUGAGAGGAAACUUUCACCUGUGUCUCCCACUCACUCCCUCUCUCCAUCAUCAUCUUCAUUAUCAUCAUCAUCUUGCUCUUUCGAUCAGUUCCACCUGUAUGAACAGUGUUCCUUACCUGCUCAGGAAGAAACGGCUCCUCCUCUUCCUCCCAAGUGCUUCGCUGUCUCCAAAGAACCUCAAGAUGCCCAGUUAGCCCCUCAAGUUCCUUCCAGACCCCCUCUUCCCCCACCACGUGUUUCUGUUACCACGACCACACAUUUCGGCUCACCCAGUAGACUGUCCAGUUUCAGUCCUCCUGUGGAUGAACAUCCGGAUCCAGAUCCUUUUCCAGAAAUUCCACCACGGACUAAACCUCCAAGCGAGAGCCCCAGAAAAGCAUUCCCACUGCCAGCCAUCAAAAACAAAUUGGAUUCAGCGGGCAGUUCAGAUGAAUAUGAUGAUAAGGACCACGAUCUCAGCAGAGACGCUAAACUCUUAGACAUGGCUUAUAAGACAUCCUUGAUGGUUCCCAAGGAGAAACCUCGAUACAACAGUAUCUGCAGUGAUGACGAGUUACUGGAUGAUGAGAUGGACUGUUAUGAAUCUAUAUCAGAAAAGCGAGGUUCAUGGAUUGAUGAUUUGGGUUCGAUUUCUACUCAGAACAGCAUCUACCUGCCAACCAGAGGUUUUGUCAAUGCCCCGCCCCCUCGGGAAGACCCCGCCUCUACUCUUAUAGCUGUCAUUAAAAUGGGCUGGUUGGACAAGAAUCCUCCACAAGGGUCUCUAAUCUACCAGCGGCGUUGGGUCAAACUUGAUGCUGAAUACCUGAGAUACUUCGACACUGAAAAGGACAUUUACUCAAAGAGGAUUAUACCAACGGCCUCCAUCACAGGAGUGAUCAAUGUGGGUGACCAGAAGUUUGAAGUUGUGACGCAUAAUCGCACUUUUCUGUUUCGUGCAGAGAGUGAUGCGGAGAGAAGUGAAUGGGUGACUGUGUUAAGGAGUUGCGUUGGAGCGUCUCGCACACAGCAGAGUAUGGAUUUGACCUUUAACCCCUGUGUGACCUCUGAGAUGAAAGGUUAUCUGGAGCUGCGUGGUCUGCGCUCUAAACUGUACACAGUUGUGUGUGCUGAUAAAGUCUUUCUCUAUAAGAGCACUGAGGAUUAUCGUCUGGGAAUAGGAAUCACGUCUAUUGAUAUGAAUGUUGGGAAUGUGAAGGAAGUGGCGGGAAGAGCGUUCGAUUUGACCACACCUUACCGUAUAUUCAGUUUUGUAGCAGAUACUGAGCAGUUAAAAGAUCAAUGGGUUGAGGCGAUGAGAGACUCCAUUGCAGAAGCGUUGUCCAAUUACGAAGUUGCUGAGCGAAUCUGGUCAUUACCGGCCAAUCAGAUCUGUGCAGAUUGCGGCACAGCUAAGCCUGAGUGGGCAGCUAUUAACCUGGGCGUGGUCUUCUGUAAACGUUGUGCAGGAGAACAUCGUGGUCUCGGUCCGAGUGUUUCUAAAGUACGGAGUUUAAAAAUGGACAAGAAGGUUUGGACUGAAGAUCUUAUUCAGUUGUUUUUCACGCUGGGAAACGAGCGAGCCAAUGAGUUUUGGGCGGCGAAUGUUCCUCCCAGCGAGGCGUUAAUGGUCAGCAGUAGCAGUGAAGAGAGACGCCGCUUCAUUACGGCUAAAUACCGUGAAGGGAAAUACCGCAGAUAUCACCCGCUGUUUGGAAACCAGAGAGAACUCAAUAACGCGCUGUGUAUUAACGUUCAGUCUAAUGAUGUGUGUGAGACGCUGGCUCUGGUGUUCUGUGGUGCCGAUGUGAACUGUGACACCGAUGAUCCGGACCUGCCCUGCCCCAUCGCCCUGGCACAAUAUCACGGGCAGAACUUGCAGGUGGAGUUCCUUACUCAGAACCGCAACACAGAGCUCCCGAGGUCAGAGGUGGACGUUGCCAUCGAUACGGUACACUACAUGGCCCCACCCUCCAUCACACAUAAUGGAUUCCUCUUUAAGACCGGCUCCAUGGCUCGGCCAAUCGCAGAGAAGAAGGGUAAAGAAGAGUUCAGUCGGCGCUGGUGUGUGCUGAACGACGGACACUUUAGCUACUAUGAAAGUGAUAAAAACGCUACACCGAACGGAGGUCUGAAGAUGAAAGAGAUCGUCUGUCUGGCCGUCAACCCUCCGGAGACUCAUGGGUAUGAUCACACGUUUGAGCUGUACUCUGAUUCUGAACGCUUGUAUCUGUUCGGCACCGAUAACCCCGAGAUUGCACACGAGUGGGUCAAAUCCAUUGCAAAGUCGUUUAUUCCCGUGACCGCUGAAGUUCUGCUGCUGAAGGACUUUCAGCGCAUCGGUCGUCUGCGAUACAAAGAUGGACUCAACCUGGAGACGUCCAGACUGGGCUGGUUCUGUCUGGUGGGCUCCAAUCUUCACAUCUGUCUUGAGCAGCAGAAUAGAGACGAGACCAUCGACCUGCAAAAGCUUCUGGAGCUCUCAAUUCAGCCAGACAACGAUGUUCUGGUUCUGGUGGAGAGAGGCAGGACGCUGUACAUUGAGGGCGAGAGGAAGCUGGAUUUCCAUGGCUGGGCGACAGCGAUCCAGAGAGCGGCUGGUAGUUCUGGAGACACGCUGAGCCUCCAGCAGCUGACAGAAGCAGAUAUUCCUGUCAUAGUGGAACGCUGUAUUCAUUUUACCACACAAUACGGUCUGACCUCAGAAGGAAUCUAUCGUAAGAGCGGGGUGAACAGUAGGAUCGCCGCCCUGCUGGAGGAAUUCAGACGUAACGCCAGAUGUGUGUGGCUGAAAGAAGGUGAACAUCAGGUGGAUGAUGUUUCCAACGUCCUCAAGAGGUUCUUCAGAGAUAUCGAGGAGGGAUUGUUUGGACAGCAAGCAGACAACUGGCUUUCCACUACAGGGUUUUCAGAUGAGAGCAUGAGGAUAUCUCAGUAUAAUCUUCUGUUCAGUAACCUGCCGAGAGUCAAUCAAGCGACACUACGAGCUCUAAUGAAUCAUUUAUACUGUGUCCAGCGGUUCUCUGAUCUCAAUCAAAUGAAUCUUCAUAAUCUUGCUAUCGUGUUCGGCCCGACUCUCUUCCAGACGGAUGGGAAGGACUACAACGCCGGGCGCGUCAUUGAAGAUCUCAUCCAACACUACGUCACCAUAUUUGAUGUCAAUGAGCAACAACUGAAGAGGCAGUUAGAUGAGAUCACAUACAUCAUCAAACUCCGAGAGAAUCUGAACCCUAAAGCUGGACCUGCCAGUGGUGACUUUAUUUGUACAGUUUACUUGGAGGAGAAGAGAGAGACGGCUGAACAGCAUGUAAAGAUUCCUGCCACAAUGACAGCAGCAGAACUGACCUUUGAGAUUCUGGACAGACGGAAAAUCAGUGUGAAAGAGAAAGACUACUGGUGCUGUUUUGAGGUCAAUGACAAAGAAGAAACAGAGCGGCCGCUUCACUAUCAGGAGAAAGUUCUGCCCAUCGUUCACUCUCUAGGGACAGACAGUUACCUGCUGCUUAAAAAAUACUUCUCCAUGGAGGCCAUGCUGGUUUAUCUGGCCAGUAAAGUGGAGGUGUCCAAACACGGUAUGAUGAAGUUUAAAGAAGAGAGGAAUUUAUUGGGUUUGAGCACAGGAAGUUUUCAUGAUCGAUACUUCAUCCUCACCAACACUUCACUCAGACUCUAUAAAGACGUGCGGAGUAAUCGUCCAGAAAGGGAGUGGUCAAUCAAAUGUCUGAAGGUUUAUCAUGGCAUUAAAAAGAAGCUCCGCCCCCCCACCUGUUGGGGUCUCACAGUCGUCUAUGAAAGUGAGAAACAGGAGAAGCAAGAGAGACAGCACUGGUAUCUCUGCUGUGACACACAGACUGAGAUGAGAGAAUGGUUCGCUACGUUCAUGAGCAUACAGAACGGGGGUCGCGUGUGGCCGGCCGAGUGGUUGAAGUCUCGCUCUGCUAGUCGUUCGGCUCCUCUGGACAGUCGUUUUGGUAACGUGUCUCUGAUUCCUCUGCGUGGCAGUGAGAACGAGAUGAGGAAUAGUGUCGCCGCUUUCACAGCCGAUCCUCUCGCUCUCUUCAGAAAUGCUUGAUGAAGUAGUGAUUGGUGUUCAGGAACUGAAGGUUUUUGUCAUGUCGGCAGUGGAGUGAUUGUGGAACGUCGGUCUGAACUCAUGUGAUCAAUCCUUCACAACUUUGGAUCUUUAAGGUCUUUAGCAUUCAGAUGUUCAUGUGGUUUUACGUGAACUUUGACCUUCAGAGAGGUGACAGGAUCAUAUUCACUCAUUCACUGGGUUUAUGAGGUGUUAUACGCUGUGCUGUGGUGCAUUCUGGGAUAUCAAAGUGUUAUUGGAAUCAUUUCAAAUGAGUGGAUUUACGUCUUGAAGUCUUUUGAAGAUUUUUUUUAGAAACUGUACAUAAAGACCGACCAAUCAGAAAGCACACCGCAUACAUUCAUUAGACUGCACAUGAAACACCUGAGAUUGAAGAGACGUCCUGAGACCUGGUAGAUGAUGAGACCGCAGACCUGCACAAUUCUGACAUUCAUGUAGUAAAGAUACAGUUUUGUUUAUUAAUAUAAAUGUAUUGAUAUGACUAGAUCUGUUUCUCACACAGUAGCAUUCCAGAUCUUCAAUGAAACGAAACCUCAGAUCUUAUUAAUCAUAAACACAAGCAAAACAUAUUUGUGUGAAAGAUUUAAAGCAAACAUAUUUCAGUAGAUGUGAUUGCUUGUAAAAUCGUUCUUGUGUUUAUUUACAGAGGAAUGAUCGUACAAACUAAUGCAACAGUUCACAUAAAAACAUUUAACACACAUUCAUAUUUGUUAUUCUGAUGUCUUACGACAGAAACUGUAGAUUGUGUAAAAAGUCUCUUGUUCUGAUUAUUUUCUGUGAUUUUGAGUGAAUGAAAUCAGAUGAUGUGAGUUUGCACAGAUUCAUUUCCAUCAGUUGUAUUAACUUAAGCAGCAGUGUAAAGAGUGUGUGUGCGUGCGUGCGUGUGCGAAAAUUAACCAUGUUUUAUUGUGGUAAAAGUGUAGUAACCAUGGUUUUAUGGUGUAUUGAUUACUAUCAGCAAAACCAUGAUUUUACUACACUUUUUUUUGUUUCAUCUGUAGUAAAACCAUGGUUAAUUUUCGUAAGUGUGUGUGUAUGUAAUGUUAUAUGUGUAUUCAGUUUGAGUUCAUAAUGAAGUUGAUUAUAAUCUAGGCAAUAUUAAUGCGUUUAUUUAUCAGUCAGAUCUGAAGCAGAUCUUUAUUAAACACACACAUGAUGUUAAUGUGUAGACUUCAGGACUGUCAGGAGUAUUUUUCAGUGUUUAUUCUGUAUUUGUGUAGAUAAUGAAAUCAUUUCUUUUCUAAUAAUGAAAUACUGUGAAAUCAUAACAAGAUAUAUGAUUCAUAUAUAUUCUUAUAAAUAUAUAUAUAUUAAAUUCUUUACAUGUUGUUUUAUAUUUUAGCUUUAUUGUCUGUUGAAGUUGAUAGUAAAUGUGAGCCGUUUUAAACUUCAAAAUGUUUUAUUGUGGUUU